AUGACCUUGGCCCAUCCCCUGAGCCCUGGAUCCGACAGACAUCAUAUCAGGAUCCUGCAGGCCAGACAAUUAGAUUCAGACUCCAACUCGACUAUCGCGACUACGUCGUCUACAUCAGCUCAAGAUCAAUCGUCCUCGGUCACAUCAACCUCCUCAGCCUCCAUUACGGUCUCAGACAUUACGUCUAGCAUCUCAAGCUCGACAACCUUGUCGUCGGUCAUCACAACGACAUCUUCAACCACCAGUAGCAUAGCUGCCUCUACGCCUACUACCUCAUCUAGCACCGGGGAUCUUGACACGCUUCCGAGCCAAAAUGAAGUGUCAGCCGCCGAACCUACACCCAGUGCUGUGGAGACAACAUCCUCUACCAUCGCUGUCACCUCGACAUCCUCCGCUGCGCCGACAACGCUCAACGACUUUACGCGCACGGUCGUCCAUACUAACCCAGCUUCCGUUUCCGUUAAGACCAUGUUGAGCACCGCUCCUGGGCCUGCUCCUACCACUCAGAGCGACAACGCAGAGACCAACGAUAACAUUGGAGGAUUGCCUAGGACGACCUUUAUCAUCAUCAUUGUGGUCGCUUCCGUUCUAGUUCUCGUUGCUCUGGCCUGGACAGCCUUCAGAAAGUGGAAGUUGCGACCUAGUCGACGAUUCGAUUCCAAGAUGGCUCCUGUAGACUUUAGUCCGAAUGGUCUGGGAGGCAAUGACGACUUCCUGGAAAAGACACUUCAUCGUAGCGCCUCGUCUUCUUCUCUAGAUCGUCAACGUCAACAAUUUAUCGCCGAUCUGGACAGAGACGGACCGGACUAUGUGGAGGGUGUGCCCCAACAUGAUUUCACUGCGGGAGCCUCUGGAAUGCAAUACGAUAGCAACAUGUACAACCAUGAUCCUUUCGCUCAUUCCGCAGCGUACGACUACGACACGUCUUACUAUCAUCAAGCUCAUCAACCCAUAGCACCCCUGCCUCCCGCGGCCGUAGCAGAGUACGGUUCACACGAUUACCCUACCCAGGAUCCUGGAGAGGGAUACAGUGAUCUGCACAGAGGUAACUCUGGGAGCAGCCACGGUAGCCAUCACGGAAGUCAAGGGAGCGGUCGUCAACAGGCUGUCAGACCAUCGGACUUUCCAACGCCUGGUCAGUAUUUGGGUAGACCAACAGAAGGAGACGGGCCCUAUGCUCAGGCUUCAUACUAUGGUCGAUUCUGA